ACAAAAUUCUAAACCACACAAACCAGAGGACAAUACUAGUGAUGACGUAGUACAUAUUCAGAACAUGGUCAAAUAUAGUAUGAUAAAAAAAAAAAGCAAAGAGAAAGGAAUUGUGUGUGAAUGGGGACAGUUAUCGACUCCCAUUUUUUGGGACUAACCGCCAUUGUUACAGUGGUUUACCAAUUAAUCUUUUUUAUAAUCACAGCACUCCUCAAGUUUGAUAAAGUUACCGACUUCGCCGGAGGUACAAAUUUCAUUGUGCUUGCAUUAUUAACUUUGAUACUAAAGGGUUCAUGGAAUUUUCGACAGGUGGUCUUGUCUGUGUUUGUCGUGAUAUGGGGCCUUCGACUGGGGCUAUUUCUAUUAAUGAGGAUAUUACAAUGGGGCGAGGAUAGACGUUUUGAUGAUAAGCGUGAUAAUCUUUGGAAACUGGCAAUAUUUUGGAUAUUUCAGGCAAUCUGGGUAUGGACUGUGAGUUUACCGGUAACAGUUGUUAAUGCAAGUGACCACCAGCCAUAUCUUCAGGCGGUAGACAUCAUUGGUUGGAUUAUGUGGUCUAUUGGAAUUUUAGUUGAGAUUACAGCUGACCAACAAAAGUUGGCAUUCAAAAACUCCCCAGAGAACAGAGGAAAGUGGUGCAAUGUUGGACUUUGGAAGUAUUCACGUCAUCCAAACUAUUUUGGCGAGAUCUUUCUAUGGUGGGGAAUAUUUGUGGCAUCAACACCAGUGCUGAAGGGUGCUGAAUGGCUUGUUGUGCUUGGACCAGUAUUCUUAACAUUGUUGCUGCUCUUCGUUAGUGGCAUUCCCUUGCUUGAGGAAUCAGCAGACAAGAAAUAUGGAAAUGUGGCUGAAUAUAUAAUAUACAAGGAUAAAACAAGCCCUCUCAUUCUGCUGCCCCCUGGAUUAUAUGGAAAGCUUCCUUCAUGGUUCAAAACUCUAUUCCUUUUUGAGUUUCCUCUGUACAGUCGCAAUCUUUCCCAAUAAGAGCUAAGCUGAACUGGCCAGCGAUGAGGCAAUACUGAAUGGAAAAUGAGGAUGACGACUGGUUAAUUUUUCAGUAUCUGGCCCGUGUAAUAUUGUAUCACCUUGCUCAACGCGUGUGUACUGGUAAGGUAACAACUCUGUCCACUGAGUUACAAUUGAAUUCUCAACUACACUCUUGAGUUACAAUUGGAUUCUCAACUACACACAACAGUUUAGUUCUUUUUGAUUUCAUCUUUUUAGUUCAUAUUGUUUAUUCUUGUGUGUUUUGAUCAACAAAUACUUAGCAAGAAUCUUUAAAAAAUUCAUGUG